UCUUUGGAAUAGUGACGUCAGUGUUCAGUUCAGACAGGACUUCCUUGAAAGAAGCUAUAGUUGGCUAAACUCCUAGUUCAGCUGUUGUCCAAAAGUUAAACGAAGCCAGCAUUCAAAAGAUGGACUAACUAUAAGGAACUAGUAUUCAGUGUAAAGUUGGAACACGGUGAUGCCCAAAUGAUGGACAGCGUGAAUGAAAAGGUGGGUGUGACUCCAUGGGCAGGGUGCGUAGUGUUGUUCCUGCGGUCUGCUUCACCAUCAGUGAAUCUUCUGUCCAUCUAUAAAGACUCAAAUGGCAAAUUCAGCGUGUUCAAAGUCCUUAAACUCACUCUUUCAGAUGUAAUUGGCUAUGAAGGAUAUGAAAUCUUGAAGUUACAUGAUGCAGACCCUGCCCUGGGAGUGGAGCUGAAGUUCACAGCGAUGUCAUCAUGUCGUCGCUUCCUUGAAAGCUACGCAUGUGGACUUAUGAGACAAGCCCUCCAUCAGCAUUCAUCCAGGCUUCUAGUUCGCCCUGAAGAUGUCAAUAUACAGAUGCAGCUGAAAGCAGCAACUCACACACUGGACCACUGCUUGAAUGACCUGGAAUGCUGCCUCACAUAUAUAAGCACAUCACAGCCCGUGAGACUUAGAGAUGAUGAAAUCACACAGCUGGAACAAGCACUGGAGCUGAGUUAUGCCUGCCAGACCCUACGCAUAAAGGAAGUACCCAACAAUUGCUUUCUGUUUCAGGAGAGAGCCUUUGGAGACCGACAACUGACUCCUGCAGAUCAGCAGCGGUUUGCUGCUCAUAUUGGGCGGGACUGGAAGAGAGUUGGACGAACCUUACAGAAAGGGUGUCGUGCCCUAAAAGGGCCGGCUAUUGACAAUUUGGCAUAUGAAUACGAAAGGGAGGGACUUUAUGAACAGGCCUAUCAGCUAUUGGGGCGGUUUAUCCAGUCAGAGGGCAGAAAUGCCAGACUUGGCCGUAUAAUUGGCGCACUGGAGGAAAAUAAAUUGACCACCAUAGCAGAGAUUAUGCUAGAUAUUAAACCAAGAGAUUGAUUAUUGUGCAAGGGGAAGGCAAACAGAUAACUCCUUUUCAGCAUAAGUCAUUCAGUUCCAUUGGUCAUUUAUCUUUCAAGUGACUUAAGUAUGUUAGAAUGUGCUUUUUUGUAGCUUUCAUCUGCCAUUUCUGUGCUUAUCUUUUGUAAAGAUUAAAGUUUCUAAUCAUCUUCA